UCCCACAGCUGAGUUGCGAAGCCGAGAGGGACGCCGGAGCCGCACCGCACGGCAGAAGCGGAGGCCGUUUUGCCGCUCUCUCGGUACGGGUCGCCGCCCGCCCCGCAGUGUUCAAGCUAACUUUAACAAUGGGUCGGAUUUUCUUGGACCAUAUUGGUGGCACCCGCCUGUUUUCCUGUGCCAACUGUGACACAAUCUUGACUAACCGCUCAGAGCUCAUAUCUACCCGUUUCACGGGGGCUACAGGACGAGCCUUCCUUUUUAAUAAGGUGGUAAAUUUGCAGUACAGUGAAGUGCAGGACCGAGUGAUGCUCACUGGCCGCCACAUGGUUCGAGAUGUGAGCUGUAAGAACUGCAACAGCAAGCUAGGUUGGAUCUAUGAAUUUGCCACUGAAGAUAGCCAGCGCUAUAAGGAAGGCCGCGUCAUCUUGGAAAGAGCUUUGGUCCGAGAGAGUGAAGGGUUUGAGGAGCAUGUUCCAUCUGAUAACUCUUGAAUGGAUAUGUCCUUGUCUUCAGGCUUUCUCUGUUAAAACUAAAAAAGAGAAAAAUCAACAAAAAAAUCUACUUUCAUACACUGUCACCUUAGCAUCAGCGUUGGAUUUGUGAACUAUAGAGUGGGAAAGAUUGCGAGAGAAUUUCAGAUGGAAUGUUCCUUUUUUCCGGUGGUUUUUUUUUUUUUGCCCCUUUUCUCUUCAGGAGUAUAGAGAGAAUGUUGUAUGGAUGCUGUAACUUUGUUUUCCCUCUUGCCUUCUCAGAUACGUGAGCACUUGCAGUUAGAAACCGUCUGAAAGUAUAGUAAGUGAAUAUUGUUUAGAAGAGAAUUCAGUGGGGGCUUUUAGUUUGUAAAAAACCUGUUUCAUCAGAAGGAAAUUUUUAGUCUAGCAAUAUCUUUUAAUUUAUUUCCAGUGUUUGUCUUUAGUUUUAAUUUGUUUUUAGCAAGACUUUUCACCUGAUCUGCUGGUUUAGGAAGAGAUCUGAUUUUGUGACAAAUGCUAAAGGUUCAGUGUUUAGUCCAGUUUGUGCUGGCCGUUGAUGCAUAUUCUUGUUGGGGUUUGUUUGUAGUACAGAGCUUGUGCUUGUCUGUUUCAUUUUUUGUUACCCAGAUAAGUUGUCAUUCCUCAUUUAAACAUCUUUUCCACCACAUGAUGUUGAUACCUUUUUUAAAAAAAAUAGGGCAAAACUGCUUGUCUCUCUCCAUUUUCCAGUUGUAACUUGCACAAUAAUAUAAGUAAAUGGCUGUUCAAUCUUGUAUUGCUUUAUGUUGGUUGUAAUGGAGGAAGAGCAGUUACUCUUACUGAAGUAUAUUUUUCAUUCUCUUGCCUGACCUCAUUAAGAGUUUCAACUUUUUCUACUUAGAGUUUUUUUCUCUUGCUUUGCAUUAAAAAAAUAGUUAUAAGAAAGAAGGGCAUGCCAGCAUGUAUAGUCAUGCAUACAGCCAGGCAUCUGUUUAAAUGGCGAAGAACCUGUCCUCAAAGGCUGCUUCUGAUUCCGGAAGUUCUUAGUUGCAUCUUGUCAUUGUGAUGCUGCACCUUUACUGUUUUCACCAGCAGAACAAGCUUAUCUGGUAGUAGCUGGGUUAUCUGGUGCUUCUUGUAGCAGUUACGUGUGUUGGAAUACUGAGAUCUUCUGAGCAAACCUUCUGUAGACUCUCCUUAAUCAGCGAUGCCCAAACAUUGCUACUAUAUAUCAUGCCAAGUUGUAAUUUUUUGGGAAAUCUAAUAGCUUUAUUUUAAAGGAUUAAUCAUUUUGUACUUUUCUUGUCAGUACUAGGUAUUUCAGAGACAAGGUGAUUUGCCUUACUGAAACUGAUUCUUAAACAUAUAGCAUUAAGUUUCUGCCACUGAACAAGGAAUGCAAACAGGACAUCACUUGUUCUGGAAAAAUAAUGGCAAUGACUACAAUUCUAACUGCGCUUGCAUCAGCUUAGGGGGAGGGACAGUCUGCCUGUGCCAGUGCCUUUAGGAAAGCUGUUCUGCAAACCACCCCUCCCUAAUGUGACUAGCAAACUGGAAGGGGGGGGGGAACUCUGAUUAUAACUUUCACACUCCAGAGGUAGCUUUUUUGGUCAUUUGAGCAGUUUGGGCACCCCUGUUAGCUUGAACUUUAAGUAGCUUUAAUAUGCAACUUAGAAGGAAAACAUGUAGAUUUGUGUAUUGGGCUAUGUUGAAUCAGGAUGCUUGAAUAAUAGUAUGCUUGUGCCUCAGAUGAGUAAACUUCAGUAGAUCACCAUUCUAGUAUGCGGAGUAUUUCACUAACCUGGCGACUUCUCAUUGGCAGAGUCCUUGAUGUACUCUACAUGUAUUUUGAUGUUGCAGUACAAUAAAGUAUGUUUUGUCCGGCA